AGUAUCUCACGUGAUCAGGGAUCUCUUAAAGUUAUAUUUACUCUCUUUUUUUCUUUUGUGCUGAUCCAAUCUGUGACUCUGAUCUGUGUUAUGAUCCGGUGCACUACUGUUAGCUUCAACUGCUCUUUCCUUUGCAUGGGAAAAUGUCUGUCUAUUCACUGUGUAAGGUCAGAGCAAACAAUCUGUACUCCUGCUAGACACGAUUGGUUUAAUGGCAUGUUGAUGAGGAGAGCAAGAAUCUAAUGGGUUAAUCUAAUCUAAAGCUCAUCUUUUUCAUUUCCUCUUUGGCUUCUGGAGAAACACGAAAUAGAGAAAGCUGCUGGUGGAGCUGGUUUGUUUACCUGGGGGGGGGUGGUUUAACUGUCACAGGACAUAAUCGGAGCUUGAGUGUGCAUAUGCAUUGGGAGUUUUACUAGCUUAGAAUUCUGGUUAAAAGUAUUAGUGAGUCAGGUUUGUGAGCUGCAGUAUUGCCUAUUCUUCACUGGAUCUGGAGACUGAUCAGUUUGGGUCAAAGUGUUGCUCUGAAUCACCGCUUUCUCCAUUAACGGGAGCCUUCGCGUACCAGAAUGCAAUGCUGCUACAUUUUGAGUGACAUCACCACAAUCACAUGCACUCCACAGUGUUCUCAAACUAAUACCUGGGCUUGCUAGCUAUGUUAAUUGUGCACACACACUCCUAUGACGCAAACAUAAAUUAGUCCAACAGUGUGUCUUUACCUUGAGGCAUCUUAAAAGCUUGAAAAUGAGGGUGUGUUUCUCCCUAACACACUUUAUAUAAUGAAUGAAAUGAAAAGACAUAGAACACCUAGAAUUGUGUCUGGACUGUUAUCGUCACGUGGUCCGCAGAAUCCCUCCCUGUGGAGGUCCUUGGAUAGCGGUCCUGAUAGAAGUGGCUCUGCUAGUGGUUAGCUGCUACCUGAGCUCUGCUGGAGAUGAAGGAGAGGGAGUCUGCUGAGGAACUUGUUGUAGCCGCAGGUCACGGUUGUUCUAGAAAAAGAAGGGUGGACUGCUGCGGCACAUGUACCAACAUGACAGCAUUUCAGCACAACUCUAAUCCCUGUUAGUGAAAUGUAACGUAAACCAGCACUGCCCCCUUCUGGUGCAACCUCGUGUUUCAACCACCACCGUAGGAAAGUCAUUAUCAGACACAUUCUAAUAUUAUUCUAAUUUAAUCAUUUCUCCAGAAGCAAAGCUGUGACCGUAGGAACUGUGUUCCCGCUGCCACUCGUAUGCAUACACGAGCAGUGCAAGAAGAGGAAUGGAUACCAUGAUUGAAAAUAGUCGACAGCUUGCCGGAGGCUGUGUGUAAAAAUGCAGUGUGAUUAUCAUGUGCACGCUGCAGCACAGUGUCUCUUUUGUUGUCUCUUCACACCACGACUUGUGAAAAGGUUGGAUGUGUGUGUGAGAAGAUAUGACUCUGCCCUCAUAGCUUCUUCAUACAGUAUGAAUCUGUAACUUCAUGUCCUUUGUAGACUCUAAACCACAGAAGCUGUUAAAGACAAAAAGUCAGAUUUUAGAGUGCAUCUGCUUUUUUUCAAAUUCAGAUACCAAGUUUUAUUUCCCAGCCUGCAUGAACACAACAUCUGAUUAAAUCUUUUCAACCCAACAAGGUCAUACUCUUCCCAAUAAGCGUGCCCAUGGUGGGCUGUGACGUGGCCUCACAUUAAGCUGUAGGAGUGUGAGGCCUGCUGGGAUUACUCCCUCCAUGGCUGAGGAGGUAGACCUUUCCCUGUUAAAUUACCACCUAGCUUCUGCCUUCUGCGUCCAAUAAAACCUUUAUGGAGCAUAGCUGCCAUUUAGGACCACGUCCCUGUGUUCGGCCACGUUUGAGAGGAAUCCAAAGCAGCAGGGAAGUUGGUUCAGAACCUCAGAGUUUUGUACAACGAGGGUGGGAGGACUUUUUGCUUUGUCAGCCUCUUCACUGACCAGGAAACACACACACAGGUGCACAAGGUGAAGGCAGAGACUAAAUUCUUUCUUAUAAAAACACACGGUUAGAAAUACUGUUUCCCUUUUGGUUUAAGUUAUGUGAAAUGACAUUAGUUUAAAAGAUGAGGUCAUUGAUUGAAGACAAUUGUAGAGCUCAAACAAUACAUCAGUAGAUCGACAGAAAAGAGAAUCAACCAAACUGAAUAAUUUAAGUCAUUUUACCUAAAACUCUCAGUUUUCUUCUUCUUUCUCAAAUAUACUGUUUCCUCUUCUGUGAACUGAAGUGUUUCUAAACUGUUUUUGGUCGAACAAAACAAGGAAUUUGAAGAGAAUACAUCAACUUGUGCUCUGGGAACUUUGACACACUCUAUAUUUUCUGCCCAUUAAUUGAGAAAACAAUCAGCAGAUUCAUUGAUGAUGAAAUCAUUGUUAGUUUAGAGAAAAAAAUGUUUUUGUUAAAUGUGAAAAUGAAUGAAAAACCCUACUUUCAGCACUACCGUGACUUGCAUCUGAGAAAAUGUUAUUAUCUUAUGCAAAGUAAAUGCUCACAAUGAUCCAGUGGUCAGACACACAGGGAUCUAGAUUGAAUGCCUUUUCAUUAAAUACUUCUCAUACAUGCAGACAUUUGCAUCUAAAUCACAACACACACUGCAUGUGAAAGCCUCAGCUGUCUUUGACACCUGUUUAAGUUGGCUGAGUGCUUCCUCUGUGUUGCCUUACAAUGCUCCAGGUCGCCCAUCGUUGUCUACUAUGGAGCACGAACUCUAACUACUCAAUUAGAAAAUUCAUCAGAAUUCUAUUGAAUAUGAGUCACACAUGGAUGAAUGUCUCUGUCACAUCAAAUACACAGUUGACUACACAUGUAAUGUAUCUUUUCUCCUGUGAUGAUUUUCACUGCUGUAUUCUACCAUCAGGUUUGCUGGAAUGGGUAACCUGCUAAAAGUCCUAACAAGGGAUAUAGAGAACUAUCCGCACUUUUUCCUGGACUUUGAAAGUAAGUCUGGCCGAGGAGUGGAACAAAGGGAGAAAGAGAUGGAUGGAGAAAGAGAUGUGGGGGGUUUGUUUCUUUUCUGUCAGCAGGUCUCUGCCCCCGAUGACCAUGCCUCGAUGAGUCUGCUUCUGCUCCUCUCUUUUUCUCCUCCCCCCUCCCUCCGUCUCCUCUCACUCGGUCACGACCUCCUGCUCUCUCAGCUCUGAUCUGCCUUCUUUGUUCAAAUAACUUAUUGAUGACUUUUUAACACCACGCGUACUUUCCUUCCUUUCUCUUUCUUGUAUUUCCUCUCUUGCAGAAACCAAAUGGGGAAUCUGUUAAAAGUGCUCACUUGCACAGAGCUCGAGCAGGGGCCAAACUUUUUCCUUGACUUUGAAAAUGCACAGCCAACAGAAGGAGAGCGUGAGGUGUGGAACCAGGUGAACUCCGUCCUCCAGGACUCAGAGAACAUCCUGUGUGGCCUGCAGGCGUACAAAGGAGCCGGCCAGGAGAUCAGAGAUGCGAUUCAAAACCCCAACGACUUCAUGCUGCAGGAGCGAGCCUGGAACUCAGUCUGCCCGCUGGUCAUCAAACUCAAGAAGUUCUACAGUUUCUCUCUCAGACUAGAGGAGGCUCUGCAGAGUUUGCUGGAGUGCCUGACAUGUCCACCCUUCACGCCUACUCAGCACCUGGAGAGGGAGCAGGCUCUGGCCAAACAGUUUGCUGAGAUCCUCCACUUCACGCUGCGCUUCGAUGAGCUCAAGAUGAGAAUUCCUGCCAUCCAGAAUGACUUCAGCUACUACAGAAGAACCAUCAGUCGAAACCGGAUAAACAACAUGAAUUUGGACAUUGAGAGUGAAGUCAACAACGAGAUGGCCAACAGGAUGUCUCUGUUCUACGCAGAGGCCACACCCAUGCUGAAGACACUCAGCAAUGCAACCACAAGCUUUGUGACAGAGAACAAGACGCUUCCCCUGGAGAACACAACGGACUGUCUGAGCACCAUGGCCAGCGUCUGUAAAGUCAUGCUGGAGACGCCGGAAUAUUCUAGUCGUUUCAGCAGCGAGGACACACUCUUGUUUUGCAUGAGGGUCAUGGUGGGAGUCAUCAUUCUUUAUGACCACGUCCACCCCAAUGGUGCCUUCAACAAGUCCUCCAAGAUAGAUAUGAAAGGCUGCAUAAAGGUCCUGAAGGACCAGCCAGCAGACAACGUAGAAGGCCUCCUGAAUGCCCUCAAAUUCACCACCAAACACCUGAAUGACGAGUCCACUCCGAAGAACAUCCGGACGAUGCUCCAGUAGUCUCUGCUCUUUCUUGUUUUAAUAUAUAUAUAAACCGAUAUGAAGAGGAUCAAUGCUCUGACCUCAAAGAAGAUGUAUAUGUUUACAUUAUUUAAAGACUCGAUGUUAAUACUCGUGUGUAUUUGCAUAGUCAUUCCCUCCAAGCUAUUGAAAGCUGCAGAACAUUUAGCUUCUGCUUUGCAAAAACAGUUACAGUUACUGCUCACAGCUGUCUAAGCACAAAUGAUGGAAACCUGUCAGCCUUACGUACCUGAGCUUCACAAGCUGCACUGGGUCUUUAUGGAUCUUCUCAAUCUUUUAUUUGACAAUGGAAUUAGUUUGGUCUGCAGCUUUUAGACAAAUUCAACUUUGGUUUUUGAAGCUGAAGUUGAUCUUUUUUUGAAAGAGUGAACAUUUUAAAUUGCGACAAAGGUUCUCGUUCAUAUCACGACGACAGAGUCUGUGUCAUGUGUUAAAACAAGUGAAGUUGUUUCUGUCUUGACCUACAAAGAGUGAGACUAAAUAUGAAACCAAUCUGUGUUAUGAUGGACAUGUGUGCUGCAGUGAAGGGCUCGUUACUGAGAGCAGAUGAGGGAUCAGUUGGUUUGAUGUACGUAUUGCUAAAAGCAUUCGGGUUGUUUUCUGUUUUUAUAGUCGGCUGUUGUCUUUGUCUCUUUUUGUUUUUCACACUCCAAUCUCAUGCAACUGUUGAAAUAAAUCCACUGUGAACAUAAAGAGUUACUUUGCACUUCCAGUAAGAUCCCGUAUGUCAAGGUUUGCUUUAAUAUGGAGGUUUGAAAAAGGCUGUGAUGAGGAAACAGGAAAUCAAAUCGCCCACCUGAUGUCAUAUUGAACCGCUCCGUAUGUGGCCACGCUCUGAACGACGCCUGUUUUAAGUGACUAUUGUAUGAAACAAAGAAAGGCCUAAAAAAAAACUUUCAUCCUGAAUAAUUGAUAUGUGCUUCUUGUUAAAAAGAAAGCUUCUCUGCUCUGUGUGUAACUCUCUGACUCUAUUCCCAGAAGGAUUAAAGGAAUAGUUCAGCUCGUCUCCACUGCUGACACCAAUGUGACCCGCUUUAUUUUUUACAAUGAACUUUGAUACGUUGAUAGUGUGAUGGUUGUCACUGAUCGUAGCCGAUGUGGGACUCUGUUAUGUGUUACUGACGUCAUGGCUUCAUCUCCUCAGUGAGUGUCUGAUCAGCAGCUCCUCACACACUCACCAGGUCGGACAAUCUCCUCAUCGGUGACCGUCGUGGUUCAUUUUGACUGUCGUCUUUUAAAAGGAUGCAGCUAAUAAACACAGAUCAGUCGUGAAGACGCAUUUUAUUUUGGGUAAAACUGACACAAAUGUUCUUAGAGAGUAACCGAGCAGAUUUCAAUGUGACCGUCGUACUAUAAUGAUAAUUACGACUUCACCAAACCAUCAACAGCCCUGUGGUGUUAGGACAUGGAGCACCAUGUGGCCUUAAACAGUCGCACAAGCUGACAAAUAUCAGGAAGAACCCGGUAAAGAUAGUACUUUUUAUGACACAAUUCCUUUGAUUUCAUCCAUAAGCCAUGGAGACACUGCUCCAUACACACCCUGCCCUUAGAAUUAACAUUCAGCUCAUAACAUUGAUUUAACAUGUUGGGUAUCUACCAUUCAUUUAGGUCUGUUUGGGCCGCCUGUGUCUAGUAAUUUAUAUGCAUGUGUGAGUGCGCGCAUACUUUGAAUGCCAUGUUUUUAUACGCGAUGAGGUAGAAGUACACGGAGCAGACUUGGACCGAUGUGUACGUAUGAUGCUGAUGUUUGCAGUUCAAAAGAAGCUUCUCUCUCUGCCCGGCUGUUGCUACUGUGUGUUGAAUGCAUGAUGUUCUGAACACAGACAAAAUCAGCUGUUUGUCUUAAACUCACAGUUAUUGUUUUAAUAUUUUUGUUGAUAAAGUGCUUUGGCUUUGUUCUGCGUUAUGAAUGGGAUGUGUGGAUUGGAUAAUAAAGGUGGUACAUUUCUUAUACGGAAUAUGUUUCCUUUGCUUUUCUUACUUGCAGGAAGUAUUCUGAUCUUUUACUACAGUAAAAGUACUUCACUACAAGUAAGAGUCCUGCUUUGAAAAUAUCGCUGAAGUGAAAGUAUUAUCAGGUAAAUGAACCAUGAGUAUUAAAAGUCAUACUUAAUGCACAUAGCUCCAAAUAUUCAUUGAACUUAUUUAUUAUUCAUACAAUGAAAGGAAAAAGCAAUAAAUCCACAGUUUUGCACAAAUAAGGAAAAAACGUUUUUUUAGUUGAAUUAUCAUUCAGGCUGUAAUUAAGUUAUAACAAAAAUACUUUAUUCGCUCUUUGUAUGUAAAAAAAAAAAAUAAUAAUUCAUUUGUAAAAUAACUGAAGUUAUCAAAUAAAGUAGUGAAGUAAAAAGUACACUGUAGAAGUAGAAAGCAUGAAAAGAAAUGCACAAGUAAAGUACAAGUAAAAAUGUGUACUUGAAACAGUACUUUAGUAACUUUACUUUGUUACAUUCCACACAGGACAGCCUAUACUAGCUUGAAAUGAAAGAACUGUUCAUUUAUUGUAAUCAUCAUCAGGACUGUGAGAGGACCAGCUCAUCCAAACAGCCACAGUGGACAUUUAAACAAUUACAUCUGCUCAAAGCUAUCAAAAACAAGCACCGUUAAGGUCUUCACAUACUAGGGGGUAUUUUAUGCGAUUCAUUUGCAAGUUGAUAAAUUUUUGCAAACUGUUUUUGACAUACUAGAGUGGUUUUGUUCAUACCAGACGCUGCAAAAAAGUGGCGUGAUUUUUUUUUUUUUAGUAAUAAGUUACAUUUUUUCUGAGCUUUCACAUUGCAA